UAUUUAAAUCUUCCCUCAUUUUUUGUUCUUGUUUGCGUUUAAACUCUCAAACAGAGAAAGAGAACAUAGAGCAAAAUUACACGAUGGAGGACUUGAACAGUUCAACGCCGUGCCCUUACACCGUGACGAUUCGCCGGAACCCCCAUCGGAAAGCUCGCAACACGCCGAAAUACACUCCACAGAACUUCAACUUGCGCGAAAUUCCACCAUUUCCCAACGACGACGUUUUGUUCGCUGCGCAGAACAUGCCAGAGGUUCCCUCGGCGGCAUCCAUAGAAAACAAGCAAGAAAACGAUAACCUCAGAGUUUUCCUCAGAAUCCGACCCCUCCCUACCGAGUCGCCAAGUCGAGCUCCACACGAGAGAGGAAAGAGCGUGUGGCCUCAGAAUCCAAUGAAGAAGAGCAGCGCCGCUGCAGCAGCAGCAUCCAAAACCUCGAAGAAGAAGAAGAGCUCCGAUACUUCGUGCAUAUUGGUGAACGAUUCACAGUCAGUGACGUUAUCUCCCCCUUUGGAUUUGCAGGAUUCGAAGCGAAUCAAAUCGGAGACGUACAGAGGUUUCUCUCAUGUUUUCUCUUCUGAUUCUUCUCAGUUUGAAGUGUAUGAGAGAAUGGUGAAACCUAUGGUGGAUGCGUUUCUUGAGGGUGAAAGUGGAAUGGUGGCUGCGCUGGGGCCUAGUGGAUCCGGCAAGACACACACUGUGUUUGGGAGCCCAAGGGAUCCUGGAAUGGUGCCCCUGGUCCUCCGCCAUAUUUUCAAGGAGACUCUGUCAGAGGCCAAAAACUCACCUAGAUCCUUUUAUAUCUCAAUAUUUGAGAUAUGUACGGAACGCGGCAAAUCAGAGAAGCUUUAUGAUUUAUUACCAGAUGGUGGUGAACUGAGCAUGCGACAGUCGGCCAUUAAAGGACUGCAAGAGGUUCUCAUCUCCAAUACUGAACAGGCAGAAUCUUUAAUAGCACAAGCAGUUGCAAAACGUGCAACUGCAAUGACAAAAACAAACAGUCAGUCAAGCCGGUCACAAUGCAUCAUUAACAUUCGUGAUGUUCCCGUAAUGUGUGAGGGAGUGUUGAAUCCCAAGUCAGAUAGUGUUGUUUUGUCUAUCAUUGACCUUGCUGGAGCAGAAAGAGAAAAGAGAACUGGGAAUCAGGGGACAAGGUUGCUUGAAAGCAAUUUCAUCAACAACACGCUAAUGGUGUUUGGCUUAUGCUUGAGAUCUUUGUUGGAGCACCAAAAAAAUCCCAAGAAGCCAUUGCAAAAGCACUUCCAGAAUUCAAUGUUGACUAGGUACAUGCGAGAUUAUUUGGUUGGGAAGAAGCGGAUGACUUUGCUUUUAACAGCAAAGUCAGGAGUUGAAGAUUAUCUGGAUACUUCGCACCUGUUGAGACAAGCUUCUCCAUAUAUGCAAAUCAAGUACAAUGAAGCUGAACAACCAAAUAUGGCUCCCAAAAAGAGGCAUCACCAAGCAUCAUCUACUAUGGAUUGGGCAAAACCAUCACCAAUAAUAAGAGUAGAACACCGAAAGAAAAUGAAACUUGACACUAGUGAAGAUGCUGUACAGAAUGAUGGAACAACCAUUGAUGAAUCAAACACUUCUAAAAAAGCAGACGGUUCAACAUUGUGCAAAUUAGAUGCAAGCCAUCCUGUUUCUUUCGACUUAAAGUGUGAUAGCCAGUCCCAGAGGGAAAGAAGCCAUAUUAUAAUGAGGAAUUUUGCUAAAGUUUUAUGGAGUGUGCUGAAAGAAUAUAAUUCCAAAUUGAAGGUUGCAGAGAAGGAAAUACAAAGUCUUAAAGAAUGCAUCGGAUAUGAGAAGGAAAAACUUUUAGUGCUGGAAACAGAAUUUAACGAGUUUAAGGCUCACUGCACUUGUUGCAAACGAGGGAAGGAAUCAACGAAGCCUAAACUUGUAGAAUCAGAUGAAGAACCUACACCUACUUGUUCCCAGUUGGAUUUUGAAAAAUCAAACCGGGAAGUUUUGAACUCCUUGUCAAAGAACCAGAAUUCAUUUGAGGUUGAGGCUGUGGACAAUAUAUCAAGUGAUACAUCUUGUGCACCACCAUCAAAUGUGUCUAGAGUUGAUCAAGGAGAUGUACCCGAGCUUAGUACAUCCUUUACACAUUCAGAUUCUGAGAACUCAGAACUGUGCUGCUAUGAUGCUGUGACAGUUGACGAGGCUGCGAGCAAGAUAUUGAAUGUGAGUUGUUUUCCAUUUGUUAAUAUGUGCAUGCCAUAUUUUUGUACACGGUCAGAUUCUAAAAAAUCAAACACUAGUGAUGAAAUAGAUGGAAAGCCUGUACAUGGCUUUUCUUGGGCACAACCAGACUCUGAAGAGUUCGAUAGAAAGUCUAUGGAUGGUGCUUCAUGCACACAGUCAGAUUCUGAAAAAUCAGAUAAAACUAAUGAUUCAGAUGUAAAGUCUAUGCAUGGUGCUUCUUGUACACUACCAGAUUCUGACGAAUCAGAUGGAAAAUCUACGCAUGGUGCUUCUUGUACACUACCAGAUUCUGAUAAAUCAGAUGGAAAGUCUACGCAUGGUGCUUCAUGUACACAAUCAGAUUCUGAAAAAUCAGAUAAAACUGAUGAUUUAGAUGCAAAGUCUAUGCAUGGUGCUUCUUGUACACUACCAGAUUCUGACAAAUCAGAUGGAAAAUCUACGCAUGGUGCUUCUUGUACACUACCAGAUUCUGACAAAUCAGAUGGAAAGUCUACGCAUGGUGCUUCAUGUGCACAAUCAGAUUCUGAAAAAUCAGAUAAAACUAAUGAUUCAGAUGCAAAGUCUAUGCAUGGUGCUUCUUGUACACUACCAGAUUCUGACGAAUCAGAUGGAAAGUCUACGCAUGGUGCUUCAUGUACACAAUCAAAUUCAGAAAAAUCAGAUAAAAUUGAGGAGUCAGAUGGAAAGCCUAUGUCUGGCGCUCCUUGUAUACAAGCAGAUUCUGAGAAAUCAGAUCGGGAAGUCCAGGCCUCCUCGUCAAAACCCGGGCAUCAUAUUGGUUUGGAGGUGGAGGACGCAAUCAAGAAAUCAUGUGGAUGGUUGGCAUCUUCAUCGUUAAUCAAAGACGUGGUUUUGGAUUCAUCUUCUCCCGAAGGUAUUUCAUCUAGUACACGUGACCUUGUGGGAGAUCCACGUGGUGAGAUAGGAAUCAAUAACUCCUGCAAACCUCUGAGACCGAAAAGAACACUUAUGCCCAAGUCAUCCAUGUUAUCAAGGGACUUUACCUUUGAUAUUGACGAGAGCGAGAAAUUUAAGGGGACAAGAAAGUUAGCUGCAAUUGAUCAGAAAAUAUCAAAUGGUAGCAUCACUCUUCUGCGCUUGCUUAAAGCUAAUAACAACCCUCAUCUGUAGCGUGACCACUAAAGAGCUAAAGGAAGUCAAUGCAGUAGGAACUAAAUUCUGCAACCUUCAUCACUUUUAAUACUCAUUAAACGGUAGGAUGUAUUUUUUGGGGGAAGGUUAUAAAUAUCUGUGCCCUACUUGUACAAUAGGCGUUUUGGGCUCUUUCCCACAAUUAAGCCUUUAACUAACAUUGUAAAACGCUACCCCGAGAGAGGGAUUAGGGAUGUCAAUGGGGCGGGGCGGGGGCGGGGGAUGCUUCCCUACUCCCCGUCCCCGCCCCCAGAAUUAAUCCCCGUCCCCGCCCCAUUCCCCGUCAUGGGGGGAUAAUUGUCCCCAUCCCCGUUCCCCGCAUUCCCCGCAUUCCUCGCGGGGCCCCAUUUCCCAUCUCCCUAUGUUUAACAUUCAUAUGGAAAUUAUAGUAAAAAAUAUCAAAAAAACAAAAAAACAAACUAAAAAAUAUUAUUACAAACACACAAGCAUAUCUUAUCUAAGAUUAUAAGUUCAGAAAUACAACAUAGCAAAUCAUAGUCCAUAAAAUAAAAUCUUAAAAUGCAACUUCCAUUAUAAAGAAAGCAAUAAAACAAAGUCUUUAACAUCAAAUAUUCUUUCAUUGUCGGCAUAAAACUUCCAACAAACAUCUCAAUGUUCUCUGUUAAAACAAUAGAGACAAAUAUGUUAACAUACAGUGACGAGAAUAGAAGCAAACACGCAGACGCAGAAGUGGAGAGGAGAAGGACGCCGUGCCUGAGGAGAGAGAACGACGCGGUGAAGCUGCUAGGGUGACGGCGCAAGAGUGGCCGGUGGCUAGCUGUGAGGGUUUUGAAGUUUGAACAAAGUGGAGAGUGAGUGAGUGACUGGAGUCUAGAGAGUUGGGGUUUGGAUGGGAAUAGAGAGUUAGAGAGGGCGCAGCAACAAAGGUGAGAAGGGAAUAUAGGAUUAAGGUUUUUUAAUGGGUGAAAUUACUAAAAUACCCCCUAAGUUAGAAAUAAAGUAAGAGUAUUUAAGUAAGUUUAAUAAUUCGGGGAAUUAUCGGGGAUGGGGCGGGGAUCCCCGCUCGGGUCCCCG